UGCGUUUGACGCUCAGGAAGUGGACGAAACCAUCAAAGAUUCCCGCAGAUUCUGUAUCGAUUGUCCCAAUGUUACAAACGUGUUAACACUGACCUAAACAUUUGUCUAAAUACUUUUUUUUGGUGGUAUAUUGGAGACGAUAAUGCUGGAUGGUUGCACUCAUGAAAUUCACCAGAGAUAUAUGCAGGCUGUUGGGACUCGGGAGCGGCCCGCCAGUCCAGCAGCCGGAGGAGCAGAUAGAUUGUGGUGCCGCAAACCUUGACCCAAGCGAUGAUGCCACUUUGUCACAGGAUGCAUUAAAUGGAGAGGAUGAUCUGAGUGAAGAGGAGAAGGUCAGAAGAAGGGCAGAGCGACGCAAAGCCAAGAGGAAGCGCCGUCGAAAACGUAAAAAGCAGGAGCAGGUUAAGCAAAAUGAGAGUGUCGAACGGGAUGAUGAAGACGAGGAUGGGGGUGCAGAGUCUGAACUGGAUGAUAGUGAGUCAGAAGCAGAAGUCGGUGCCGAAGAGGAGAAACAAGGAGUGCAGAAAGAGCAGAAAAAGGAGGCAGCUGCCUCUUCCAACUACGUCACCACUCCAGCCAUGGCUCCUGCAGGAAUCAAAGGACAUCAGAAAUCCCAAGCCAGAUCCACUGAAGAGGAGCCAGAGUGGGAUGUGAGCAGUGCCUUCUUUGCUAAUGCUGCUAGCCAUAUCAAACCCAAAGGAUCAAGUCGCAAGUCCAAAGAAAACAAGGAGAACGAGGCCAGGAGAGAGACAAAUGGAACUGACACCAUGACCAAGAAAAGCGCAUCACUGACAGAAAAAGGCAUAACGCUGGUGCAAGAGGGGCAGUACGCACACGCUGCCAGUAUGUUUACCGAAGCUAUCAAAUGUGAUCCAAAGGAUUACAGGUUCUUUGGGAAUCGUUCCUAUUGCUAUUACUGUUUGGAGCAGUAUCCUCAGGCCCUGGCGGAUGCUGAACGCUCCAUUCAGCUGUCCCCAGACUGGCCCAAAGGACACUUUCGCAAGGGUAGCGCUCUCAUGGGCAUGAAGCGGUACAGCGAGGCCGAGAAGGCCAUGGAGCAGGUGCUAAAAUUUGACCCAGACUGUGAGGAGGCUGUCAAUGACCUCUUCAACUGCAAAGUGCUGCAGUUAAUGGAGCUUGGUUUUGAAGAAGUGCAGAGUGUCCUACUGCUGGAGAAAUGUUCAACUGUGCAGGCAGUUCUGGCAUCUUGUUCUGAUGCUGCCAGGGCUGGGAGCCUCGAUCCGUCAGUUGUGCAACCAGGAAGCCCUUGCCCAUCGCUUUGGGUGGGAAAUGUGACCACUGAGUUAACUGAGAAACACCUAUGGGAGAUUUUUAAAUUGCAUGGUGAGAUCGAGAGUGUCCGUGUUCUGCACGAGAGAUUCUGUGCCUUUGUCAACUUCAAGAAUGCGAACAUGGCUGCUCGUGCCAUGGAGAAAGUAAAUGGUUAUUGUAUAGAAAACACGCGUUUAGUGGUGCGCUAUCCUGACCGCCACACGCAGAAGGUCCUGCCCACCCCUCUGAAGACCUGUGUCCCUGUCUCAGAGCAGGCCGGGGCAGCUGCUGGACCACGAAGGCGUGGCCCAGUGAAUGGAGACGAGUGUUACUUCUGGAGAACCACCGGCUGCCAUUUUGGGGACAAGUGUCGCUACAAACACAUUCCUGAUCAGAAAAGCAAGGACAGGAAGCCCUGGCAGCCCUGAACUCGGUUAACUCUCUGCCUCAGUAGUGUGCAGGAAACUGGGAUGCACAGUGUGCCAAAGGAGCCGGUACUUACUGGACCAGGUUCUCUGAGCUAUUGUACAUUUACUGUUGCAGAAUGGACUGGAAUAGUCAAAGGAUCAGAGCCAGCACUCAGGCUCUAAGGCAGGGAUAGUCACACAUGUGCCACAAAGGAUUGGGAGCAUGAAGAUUUUUAUUUCAACUUACGCCUUUACUCAACAAUGUUGCUCAGUAGUACAACAGAAUGACCUGGUGUAGUCCUUGUUUUGAAUGAAAACCUUCACAUUCGCAGCCUUCCAUGGCACAUGGUGACCUAUUCCAGCUUUAGGGGACACAACCUAACCUCACAGAUGUGCAACAUAAGGAGGAACUGCUUGGUCCACUAUGGGGGUGGGGGUGGCUUGGGGUGGAAAAUAAUGGCUCUGUCAUGUACCGCAGUAAUGAAAGGACUCAGUAUGGAUUUUUUCAGGUUCUUCAGUGAUGAUCCUGGGGACCUUCCUUCGUUAGAAAUUCCAUCACAAAUCAGUGUUCCUCCCUAUUUUCCAAUUACAGUAGCUCGACCAAUACUUCAACUUGCAGUCUGUGUACCUGAUUUUGAACAGUCACGGUUUAUCCACGGACCACAACUGCUCAGCAGUCUGCGGUUCAGUCUGGUACUCAAUAUCCCACUGGUUGUUCCUGUUCCAAUAUUAACGCAUUGUCCGCCAGAUCAAAGACUUACCAACAGACAGACCUCCACGGCAUUUUAGUUGCUCCCCUGAGUAAAUUAGGUUAUUUUAGCCAAUAAGCUAUACAGGCCCAGAGCGAUGCCUUUAUACUGUGCUACAUAGCCUUUGUUAAGAUGAUCAUACAUGGGUAAAUGGACAUAAGACCUACACAGUUGUCUCGAGGAUUUAAAAUUGUAAGUAUUAAUGGAUGGACUUUGUGUGUGUAUAUAUAUAUAUAUAUAUAUAUAUCACUGUAUUUAUUGGCUGCCCCUUUGUUGAAAGAUGAAUAGACCCACACUGCAUGCCUGUUCAGUUGUCCUGACAAGUUAUGUAGGACUCAUUGUCCUUCAUAGCCACAUUUGUGCGGCAUGGAAGAAGUAAUAGAAAUAUCUGACCUGCUUUAUGGCUAUGCAAAAGGAAAGUGACAACUCUGUGUCAGACAUGCACACACCCACUUAAUGCCUGUGACAUGGAUCGAAACAAGUUCAUACUACAGGACUGUGCCUUACUUAAAACCAUGUUCAGCCAUGUGCACACACACAUUCAUGGCCACAUGUGUAACAUAAUCCACUCACAGAACUUUUUAAUCUUAAAAAGCAGUGUUUUUAACCUUUGGGCCUCCAUUUCAGUAUUUCAGUGAACCAAAGAAUGCUUCAUCUGAUGGCUGCACCAUAAAGAGCCUUGUUUUUUAAUACGUUUCAACACUAGGCAACAACACCUGGUUUGGGUCCACACUACAUUCACUAGUAAACUAUGCACAGCAUAGUGAGAGUAUUUAUUUCCUUAUUUAUGCAGACUUUCUUUUUCAUUUUUUAAAAUUUUUUUUAACAACAUAACUUACACUUACUUGCCUUUUUAUUGUUUCGGUAAAUCCCCUCUUGGGUUUCUUUCUGGCUUUCAGAGGAAAGCAUCAUUGAGAGCCAUUUGGUGCAAACGCGGUCACAUCCUGCACUUCUGCUUUUCUCGUAUUAACUUUCCGCUUUGUGGCUAAAACUAAAGGAAUUAGACACCAAACCUUAUGACUAGUUGUUGAACUUGCUUGUUUCUCUUUUGACUGGUGAUGUUAACUGGCAGUGCAUUUCGUUUGGCAGACUAAUACAAUGCCUUGAAUGUUACCAUAACAUGAAUAUUCGAGAAUUGGACAUACAAAUUCCCUAGGUUUAAUUUUAACUAUUUGGUAUCUUUUUAAUAUUUUGACCUUGUUUGAAACUUUUUUUUAGGAAAAGCCAUUUUUAACUAUGGUGUACACGUCGAUAACCAGAGCACUGCAACCCUGUUAAUCUUCCAAAUAUUUUGUAUUAUCGUUACUGCACUGCAAAACGAGUCUUUUAUAUUUAAUAAAUGUAUUUGAACAACCUA